AUGGAUAACAUUGCGACUGCAGAGUGUUUAACUAUUGAUUUCGGCCCUUUCGAAACUGUUCAUCGCUGGCAGCGUAUGCCAGAAUGCGACGAAUUCGUUGGCGCCAGGCGUAGCAAACACACUGUUGUAGCCUACAAAGAUGCUAUUUAUGUAUUUGGCGGUGAUAAUGGUAAAAGAAUGUUGAAUGACUUGUUGAGAUUCGAUGUGAAAGAAAAAUCCUGGGGACGUGCAUUUGCAACAGGAAUACCCCCUGCUCCACGUUAUCAUCAUUCUGCAGUUGUGCAUGAUUCUUCUAUGUUUGUAUUUGGUGGUUACACUGGUGACAUACAUUCCAAUUCAAACCUCACCAAUAAGAAUGAUCUAUUUGAAUAUCGAUUCCAAACUGGUCAGUGGACAGAAUGGAAAUUUAUUGGGAAAACUCCCGUUGCAAGAUCUGCACAUGGAGCUGCUGUAUAUGAUAAUAAAUUAUGGAUAUUUGCUGGCUAUGAUGGAAAUGCAAGAUUGAAUGACAUGUGGACAAUAUCAUUAUUACCUGGUGAACCAAGAGUGUGGGAGGAAGUUGUUCAGUCUGGUGACUGUCCACCAACAUGUUGUAAUUUUCCAGUUGCAGUAGCACGUGAGUCCAUGUUUGUAUUUAGUGGUCAGAGUGGAGCUAAUAUCACUAAUAGCCUUUUUCAAUUUCACUUUCGAGAAAAGCGGUGGACACGAAUUUCAACGGAGCAUAUACUGCGCGGCGCACCACCACCGCCAGCUCGUAGAUAUGGUCACACUAUGGUCAGUUUCGAUAGGCAUCUUUAUGUCUUUGGUGGUGCGGCUGAUUCUACGUUACCUAACGAUCUCCAUUGCUAUGAUCUUGAUACUCAAACGUGGAAUAUUAUUUUGCCCUCCGCUGAUAGUCAGGUCCCGUCUGGUCGACUAUUUCAUGCAGCAGCAGUAAUCGGAGAAGCAAUGUUCAUUUUCGGCGGAACAGUUGACAAUAAUGUACGAUCCGGAGAAACAUACCGAUUCCAAUUUUCGUCCUACCCAAAAUGCACUCUGCACGAUGAUUUUGGAAGAUUGUUAAACGGUCGACUUUUCUGUGAUGUAGAAUUUAUAGUAGGCGAGUCAGAGACAAAAAUACCUGCUCAUAUAGCAAUGGUAGCAGCACGUUCGCAGUUUCUUAGGACUCGUAUUAGGCAAGCACGAGAAAAGCGAGAUAAACAUUUGGAAGAAGUGUUUAAAACUGUGGAUAUACCCAUUAAAGAUAUGCCGUUAUUAGAGGUGAGAUUGAAAGAUGCUGUGCCAGAAGCAUUUGAAAUGGUAUUAAAUUACAUUUACACCGAUCGUAUCGAUCCAACGAAAAGAAGCGAAGAUGGAUCAAAUAGUCGUGUUGAAGAUCCCUUGAGCAAUAGAAUUGUGCUGCUCAUGAUGGACGUUUAUCGUUUAGCUUUGCAAUUCAAUAUGAAACGAUUGGAACAACUGUGUGUCCAAUACUUAAAAGCGACCAUAAGUCAUGCGAAUGUUUUGGAAGCAUUACACAAUGCUGCUCACUUGAAAUUGUAUUUUAUAAAGGAGUUUUGUUUGAGUUUCAUUGUGAAGGAAAUUAAUUAUAAUCAAAUUGUAAUGAGCAAAGAGUUUGAGACAUUGGAUCAGCCUUUAAUGGUGGCAAUUAUUAGGAAAAGGCAAAUACCUCAGAAAGAGAUUUUUCCUGGACUAUGUGAUCUGAGCACAGGAACGACCUUAGAACAGGAUAUGGAGGCAUUUCUGAAAAAUGUUGGCAGAGAGUUCUGUGACAUAACCUUAAUGUUAGAUGGUGUUCCGAUUCCUGCUCAUAAAGCAGUUCUUGCGGCACGGUGUAGCUACUUUGAGGCAAUGUUUCGUUCAUUUAUGCCAGAAAAUAAUGCAGUCAACAUACAAAUCGGUGAAAUGAUCCCUUCUUCCGAGUCAUUCGACUCCCUCUUGAGGUACAUUUACUACGCGGACGUCUCGAUGCCACCCGAGGACUCUCUAUAUUUGUUCACCGCUCCGGUUUUUUACGGUUUCACGAACAAUCGACUGCAAGCGUUCUGCAAGCAGAAUCUCGAGAUGAAUGUCACGUUUGAGAACGUUAUACAGAUCUUGGAAGCUGCGGAUAGAAUGCAAGCUGUUGAUAUGAAGAAAUACGCGUUGGAUGUCAUUGUGCAUCACUUCACAAAGGUUGCAAGACUCCCAAGACUAAAGCAAUUAAGUCGCGAAUUAUUGUUAGACAUCUUGGAGGCAUUGGCCGAUGAACGCAGCGAGGCAAGGACUUGUCAGGAUAUGGCAAACGAUUGCUGA